UGAGUACAUGGGAUAACGACCAUCGUUAAGUUGCCUAUUUCCUUGAGCCCAGUGAACAAAUUGAAGUGAUAUGAAUAUUUGUUCGUUCGGCUCGAGUUAAAAGGUUGACUUUAAUUCGACUGGAAUCAUGAUGAACAAGUAUGUGCUGUUUUCGAUAUAUGUAUGUACCUACUAUUUAAUUUUAAAACCAAUUAACCAAAAGAGGUAUUGCAACUGAAAAAUAGGAUAGGAUGAAAAAAAUGAAGAAAAAAUUUCGGUGAACAUUUACUCCAAAUUACCCAGUGUGUAUUGUUAUAUAUAUAUUAUGUUAGGUACCUACCUAUUUCGUUAUGUUAAGUAAACUCAAUUCGUUUUUAAAACUUGACUCAUUUUUUAAAAAAAAUUAAACGAAGCUCGAAAAAGUUUUUGAAUGAAUUAUUCCAUACAAUUUACCAAGUAUUAAUUCGGUAUCUACGAGUAUUUAAAAAUAUAUAUUACGUAAAUUGUAUCAAGUACCUGGAUUAUCAUUCAUGAAAGUAAAAACAAAAAUAGUAUUUCGAAAAGUUAAUUUGUUUAGCAGUUCUCAUAUUUAUGUACCUACGUUAAUCAUUAUACUCGUAAGAUUAAAGGAGUAAAUUUUAUUAAAAUAAGUAAAACACUCGUCCGAGUGUUUAUUUUCUUAAUCCUUAGUUCAAUUCAUAGUCAGAAACACAAUGUUAGUCAUUCACAAAAACUCAAGUGGAUAAGUAGAUCAUACAUAAAUUAUUGUAAGCUUGUUAAUUAGAAAAAACUCACGGUUACCAAGGUGAUUCGUGAAUGCACGUAUCGUACACAUCAUACACAUGUACAUCUAGAAAGCUACAUUUUUCUAUAAACUUCGGCGAUGGAUAGUUUAUUGAAACCAUUGGAAGAAGUAUUGCAAGAAUAUUCCUUAAUUGAACUGGACUUGGAACUGAAAAUUAAAGAGAAAUUAGAUAAAAUUCAAAAUGAUUUUGCAAACAUUAACAAGCAUAAUGAAAAUUCGGAUAUCGAUUCCAACUGGGAAAAAGAAAAUGACGAAGCCAUGACAAGGAAUGAAAAUUUAUUAAAGAAUCUGGAACAAACCAAAGCAAAGUUGCGAUCGUUAUAUUGUUACCAACCAGCAGGAGAUAACUUGAUGGCUCAAAUUAAACAUUACAAAGCCUUUAUGAAGAAGAAGUUUUCCAAUAAGAAUCCACAAAACUGUCCCAUGAUUACACAAUCUUGAAGAAUUUUUUCAACUCAGAAAUACAGAUGAUGUUCCAAACGAAAAACCUCGAAUUAAUCCAAAUUUUACAACUCGUGCGUUAAUUAUUCAGCUGGAGGAAACGACAAAGUUUUACGUAAUUUCGAAACGUAUGCUGUGCUGCCAUAGUGCGCGAAGGAACGAACAAACAGUACCUAUUUCACAAGUGUUUUUUGAACAUAAAACAAAACGAUUAAUUGUACCAAGAGCGAUAUAUUUGUUUUUUACAGCAGAUAAUUAAACAAGCGCUGUUCGACUUCA